CACACUGCACGCGCCUGCGCACUUGAAGUCCUCCAUGCUUUCAGCAUGAGGUGGCACGUGGUAUGGUGUUCAGCUGUUUUACUUAUCUGCGUAAGCGCACAAACAAACCCAAAUGAUGACUCAGGCUCAGAGACGUGUGUAAAUCGGCUGGAAUUACAACAAAGCCAAUUCCAAGCCAGCUCAUUCGCUGACGAAGCCAGCAAGCCCGAGCAUGCCACUCUUCACGGCCAAGAGGCAUGGCGCGCCAAACCCACGUCUCAGUCAGGAGAGUACUUGCAUAUUGAUCUUGGCCGCACGAUGGAAGUUCGCCGCGUGCUUACUCAAGGGGACCCUCGCAAUGACUUGUGGGUAAAGACGUUCGAUAUCAAGUUCAGCGCUGAUUGGAAGGACUGGGGCAGAGUUAACUCUUCCGACGACAGCGGCACAUUUGACGGCAAUAACGACAGGACAAGUGUCAACAUCCACGAGGUGAAAUUCACAGCGCGCCACAUCCGUAUUUACCCCUUGACGUGGAACACGGGCAUUGCACUUAGAGUUGGGCUAUACGGCUGCUCCAAUCUGAGUUGUAGCCGUGACCCUAUUGGAGUCGCUUAUAAGUCCGUCAUCCCCAACGAGAUGGUGUGGGCACCUUCUGCUGGCAAGAAGCAUCACGCUCAUCACGGCAGGCUGAAUUCCAAGCGAGGUGCAUGGUGUGCGGUAGAUGGCGAGGACGAUGUAUUUCUACAGAUUGAUCUCGGUCAGCCGCACUUGCUCUGCGCCAUCGCCAUCCAGGGGAACCCUGUGGCGGAUCUGUGGGUCCAGUCUUUUCUCUUACGGACGUCAAUUGAUAAGACCACGUGGUCGUGGUAUCGCGAGGCGAUUAACUGGCGCGGUACGGAGAACACGGACAACCUGAAGAGCAACGGAAAGGAGUUGUUUGGAAGCUUUGAUCGCAAUACGGUCGUGACGAACACGCUGGUUACAGUAACCGUAGCCCGGUACGUGCAGAUCUUCCCCAAGACCUUCCACGGGGCAAGAUGCAUGCGCGCGGAGCUGUAUGGGGCGACAAUGGCAGCAUGUGGCAUGUCUCCAGUUGGCGUCGAAGAUAUGGGUUUAUUACCCGACCACAGGAUAACAGCCUCUAGUUUCUACGACAGCCGCUUUUUACCGAAGAACGGCCGACUGAACAGCAAAACAGCUUGGGCAACUAAGAGAGUGGACCAAGAUGAUUACUUGCAAAUCGACCUUGGGAACCCUGUUGUGUUAUGCGGGGUGGCAACACAAGGCGGUGGCCCUGACUAUAACGAGUUUGUAAAGCGCUACUUACUCGAGACGUCUAUGAAUGGAUACAAGUGGGUCGCGUACAAGACACAAGACGAUAGACAGGCACACCUUUUCCCAGCAAACCAAGAUAAGCAUCGAACUAGUUACAACGGGCUACCUGUGCCGAUUAUCGCCAAGUUUAUUCGAAUUUUUCCCAAGGAUCACUAUGUGCACAAGACUAUGAAAGUGGAGCUGUACGGCGUGGCGGCAGCUGGCCGCGAAGCCGUGGGAAUCGAAGUAACCCACAAAGCUUUACCUUCAAUUUCUGACAACCAGCUUACAGCCUUCAGCAACCUCAAUAACCAGACCAGAGCCAGUGCUGGUCGCCUGUAUGGACCCAGCGCAUGGUGUGCUAAGGAACAGGAGAGGUCGCAGUGGUUCCAAGCGGACCUGUUGAAAGUUCGUGCGGUGAUCGGGAUAGCGACUCAGUCUGCGGCUUCACCGCGAACACGGGCCGUAGAGACCUAUCGCUUGAAGAUGGGCGUGACACAAGACAAGUGGACUUAUACUGAGCAUUUGCUUGGUGCCUGGGAUGAUGUGACCAGCGUGAAUUGGUUAUCGAGUGCGGAGUCUGCGCGCUUUGUGCGCUUCUCUGCUUUUACUUGGUCUAGGAUGAUCUGCAUGCGAGUAGAGGUGUAUGCACACGACAACAUUGCACCAUUCAAGAUCAACAUGGCGACAAUAAAAGGCACCCUUAUUGCCGCACCAUCCUCGUCUGCCACUAUUCGCUGUGUUACUAAUGGUGAUAAGCAUACCCGUAUUGUCUGGAAAUACGCCGGCGGACGCGACGUCACACAUCUGUCCAGCGGUCAGCUUUACAAGGCGGGUGAAGUCAUCAGCAGAAUGCAAGUGAACUUCACUAGUGUUGAUGACUUCCGGCGGAAGUACCCUUGUUCCCACGUGACUGAUCACCGCGUCAAGUGCACGCUCUUGUACGGGUGUCGUGCAGAUUACGGGAUCCUCGCGGGUUUACCCGUAGAGAAAGAGCUCCACAUUGAGCUAGAUAUUAGAGAGCCUACAACGCAGCCAACCGAAACUGAAGUCGAGCCCACAACGAGGCCAACAGCUAUUGAACCUACAACGCCAAACACAGCAGAACAGCGAGAUGACACUAGCUCGUCUACCGCACCGAGGGCCUGGGCUCUACUCGUCCUUCUUUUGACUUUAUUGAUUGUCGUUCUUUGACACCAAGAAAGAGAGAGUAUGACGUACAUAUACGUACGUACGUAUACACCAAGAGAGUAUGACGUACUUCUCGUUGAUACUGAUCACUCACAUUAGGCUGGUUAAAGGAUCCAUAGUUUGUACACCUUCCAUCUGUAAUGCAAAUAAUCCCGUUUUUUUUAUUCUGUUUAUAGAAAAACCUCUCCCGGCAUGCAUUUAUUUAUUAAAAGAAGGAUAACAAAG